AUGCCCUGUGUGACGUCACUGCGUGCUUCGAUCAUAUCAGUGAUGAGAAAAAAGUUCAAAACAAAGAAGGAAAACACAAAAAUAAUGAGUUCUUCUUCCGAGGAAAGAAAUUCUAGUGACACAGUCUCAUCCAGCGAUGGUUCUGAAGAAUUUAUAAGUCUUGAAGUGGAAAACUUCGGUACAGAAGGCUAUCAAUUUCAGCCAACACGUGAAAUAUCUUCUUCAGAAGGAGAUUCGUCGUCUGAUUCAUAUAGCAGUUCAACACCUGAAAGACUUAAUAAUUUAGACUGGUGCAAAUGUGGACAUUGUCAAAUCAUGGACAGAGAGCUAGAAUGCAUUUGUUGCCACGAAAUACAAGAGAUAGUCGAAAAAAAUCGUGAAGUUUUUGAAAAGGAAAAUUUGGAGAGUGACAUUACCUGUAUUACGGACAAUCCUGGAUUUAAAGCUGUGUGUCUAAAUCAAUGGGUUUUGGAGGCUGCUUGGYUCCAGUAUCGACAGCAAUAUGGCAACCAAUGCCAUGAAGGGCCUGAACAUAAGAAAAAUAGACACACAGCUUACAGACAGUUAGUUAGAUGGUGUUGGGGAGUCUUGGGGAAAGAAAUAAGGGUUGUUUUGUCGUCUUGUGCUGUCAUGUGUAUACGAGCCCACUUUCCACCUCCAGGCUUAGAAGAAGACUUUGAAUUUGUUGGCUUUCGUUAUUCMGAUGAAUAAAUAGAUGUAUAGAAAUAACAGUUUGAAUCAGGGUUCGACACUAGUGUCACAGUGGAGCAGUAUAGUCCUAAAGUCUUUUUUCUUAUCCCAACUUCACAAUAAGAUAUUUACUACUGGUCAGAGUUAAACUGGCAAUUGAAAAAAAUGAGCUUCACUGGUAGUCAGAUGUUGAAAAGCUUCUAAUCCAGCAGGUUAGUUGAUUUUAUUUGCACUAGUUACAGUCAAACUACCUAAAGUGUGGACAUGUAAAGCUCAUUAUGAUUUUAUUUUUGGAAUAUUGAUUUGAUUAUGUCUUAAAAAUUAAAAAGUAGAAUGAUAAAAAGAUAAAUAACAAUAAUAAAUACAUUAGUGUCAAGCCCUGUAGAACUAAAUUAAUAUACAAAGCAAUUAUUUUAAUUUGAUAAGAUGUCAGAAUUUCUUGAUAAAUGUACCAAAAUUGUUGCAAGCAUACCUUGUACACAUAAUUAUAAGAAUUAAUGAUAAUAAUAUCACUUACCACCAAUAUUAUAAUUAAUCAUGGGAGGCUUUGAGUUUAUUUUUUCCCAUUCUUGACUUGUGGUUCUUGAUCACCUCUUCCUUUGGUGGUUUUGGUGCAGUUGCAAUAUUUUUUGGUAUGUUGAUUGGUUUUCUUGUUGUGAAUUUGGUCCCAGCUUCAUGCUCAUCAAUCACCUGUUCCAUUAUUCUUGUUGUGAAUUCGUAUGAUUUAUCUUCUAACACUGGCUUUGCUACCCAUGUUUUUCKGCCUUUUGGAAAUACCACUUUGUAUCUGUGGCUACCUUGGUUUUUCCCUUUUUUGACUGUAGCUUGUUUUCUGCUGCAGUUGUUGUUGUGAUCUAGAACUGCUAGUUGCGUUCUGGCAAUCAUUCCCUGGUAGGAAAAAUGCUUUCUCUUAGGGGCAUACUUCAAUAAAAGUGAAUGAUACACCUCGA